CAUUGAGAAAAAUUUUUCGCCGAAAAGAAUUUUGGAUCUAUCAACCCACAAUGGAUCAUGAGACGCAGCUUAUUAAGAAUUUAGAGAACCAAUUGAAGAGGCUGAUAAGUGAACUUGAAGAUUUGGAGGAGACAAAACAUGAAAUUGAUGUUCAGGAGUAUAUGGAACUGAAAGGUGAAUUUCUCGAUCAAACUAAAGUAAUCAGCGAAGCACUUGAGAGUAUGAGUAAAGGCGACGUUUCACUUAAUAGCAAAUAUUCUUUAAUGAAACAAGAUCUCCGGAAAGCCAUAGCAACUUCAUUCAACACAUUGGAAAUAAUCAAAAUAUUUGGUUUCAAACUCGAGAGUGAGCUUGAGAAACAGUUAAACUGCUUAAAAGAGGACUAUAAACUUAGACGAAUAGGACAACAAGAGAUGGAAACAAAACGACUUGAAAUCCUCAACAAGAUCAAAAUUCAGAACGAAAAACUUUUAAGUAAAGAAGAUCUCGACUUCCUCGAGGCAAAAACACAACAAGAACUUCUUCAACUUGACUCCAUUGAUGAAUAAAAUUCUCUACAUGUAAUUUUAUAAUGUUUACGCUUUAAAUGUUCAUUCAUUUUGUCAUAUCGCAAGAAUAAAAUUCCAUUAAGUCUUUUCGUAUCAA